AUGUUUCAUGCUAUUUUUCUUGUCCUUUCCAGACUUUAUGAUUUGAUAGUUGAGUGCAGGCGGGUAUUAAAGUGGACAUAUGCAUAUGGAUUCUAUUUAGCGGAGCAUGAGCAUGCGAAAAAGCAGUUCUUUGAGUACUUGCAAGGUGAGGCUGAAUCAGGUUUAGAGAGACUUCAUCAAUGUGCCGAAAAGGAACUCCAAGUAUUCCUCAAUGGUGAUGGCCCAUCUAAAGAUUUCAAUGAUUUUCGCACAAAGCUAGCUGGAUUGACCAGUGUGACUAGAAACUACUUUGAGAAUUUGGUUAGGGCAUUAGAGAAUGGUUUAUGCGAUGUGGAUAGCAAUGGAGCUGCUUCCAGUAAAGCAACGGGUUCAAAAAAUGCUGCAGGGAGCAGCAAGGGAAGAGGCGGAAGAGGAAAGGGGACGGUUCGAGCUAGCAUGUCCAGCAGAAUUACUGAUGAUAAUCAUUGGUCUUGUGAGCAAUGUACCUAUGCGAAUGUCAGAUCUGCCACUGCAUGCCAGAUGUGCAACCAACCGCAUCGAUGA